UUUCCCGCACACAGCAUCCAUCGCGCCUGUUCGAUCCCGUUGAACCCUCUCUCCAAACACAAGGAAAAAAGCCAAAAAAAAAAAACAUAAACAAAAAAGCAUGUCCUCGUCGCUCGGCAACUUCGGUAGUGGCGAUGGCGGUGGUCCAGGUGGCGGUGCCGCCCCUCAAUUCUACUUCUGCCACCAAUGCAAUCGUACUGUCACCUUAACCCCUUUGCCAUCCUCCGACCUCCUUUGCCCCCUAUGCAACGGUGGCUUCAUAGAAGAAUCCGAACCCAACCCACCAAACACUCACCCUAACCCUAACCCUAACCCUAACCCAUUCCUUCCCUUCUCCUCCGACAAUUUCCCCGGCUUCCCUAUGGUCUUCUCUACCACCUCCCCUGGCGGUGGCACCGGUGGCGGAAUGGAUGAUUUCUCUACUCUUUUUGGCGGUCCCACCAACCGAUGGGUCGGUCCCAACGAAUAUAACCCGUUUGCAGUUCUACAGAACUAUUUCAACACCCUUCGAGCCAGUGGGGCCAACAUUCUCGUCAUCGAGGGGAACCCUUCAGUCGCCGGCGGCGAUUCCAUGGGGUUUCAGCUUCCGACCAACCUCGGCGACUACUUCGUCGGACCGGGGCUGGAGCAACUGAUUCAACAAUUGGCUGAAAACGAUCCGAAUAGAUACGGGACUCCUCCGGCUUCAAAGUCUGUAAUUGAAGGGCUUCCGAAUAUAAAGAUCACACAGGAAUUGUUGGCAUCGGAUUCCUCACAAUGUGCUGUUUGUAAAGAUGGUUUUGAAAUUCACGAGGAGGUCAAACAAAUUCCUUGUAGACAUAUAUACCAUAAGGAUUGCAUUACACCAUGGUUAGAGUUGCAUAAUUCUUGUCCAGUUUGUCGGCAUGAAUUGCCGACAGAUGAUAUGGAUUACCAGAAUCGAACUCGAGGAACUCAGCAGAUGGGAAGUGGUGUUGGUAGUGGUAAUUCAGGUCCGGGGUGGGUGGGCAGAGGUGGUGGUAGUGGUAAUUCAGGUACUGGUGUUGGUGGAGGGGGUUCUCAGGAGAAUUCUCCUCCGAUGUCAAGGACGGUGGAACGUAGGUUUAGGCUACCAUUGCCUUGGCCGUUUAGGGCAUUUGGGUCGCCUGCAGAGACGAGCAAUAGCAGAGCUGCUGGGAAUGAUGGUGUGAACAAUAGUGGAGAAUCACAUUCAAACACAGGAAGUCACGCUAGAGAAGAUCUGGAUUGAAGAUUCUUGGGUAUUGUACUUUUAACGAUAGUCUGUGUUCUUACUCCUUUUGCUUUUUUUCUUUUUUGUACUGUAUGCUCGUAUACCAUACAAUAACAAUGUAUUGUGAUAUGGAAAUAACAUAAGGAUAAAUUUUAUUGCUUGAAUGUAUGAACAUUAUUUGUACUCACUUUUACUUCGUAUGUUACAAGGCAGAAAUAAGUUUAUG